AUGGACCCCAACACUCAGCACAACACCGAUCCCAACAUGAAAUCCGGAUUCGCGGCGGACUCGACUUCCGCUGUGCCAACGAACAAAUGGGGCUCCCCCUUCUACGAGUUCUGGGAUCCGGUUGAUACUAUGCUUUGCUCAUGGUGCUGCCCAUGCUUUAUGUUUGGUCGUAACCAGCAUCGACGACGUGAUCCGGCUAUGUCUGAUUUCAGCUACUUCAACGGCGAUUGCUGUCUUUGGCUUUGCCUUGCCUACUGCGGAUGCUUUGGUAUCCUCCAGGGCCUCAAGCGUAUCGAAACUCGAAAGCAGUAUGGUAUUGAAGGCAACGAAGUUCUUGACAUCGCCGGCUCCUGCUGUCUUCCUUGCUGCCUGCUCGUCCAAGAGGAUAAGGAGAUCACCCGUCGUACCGAAGCAGCUGGCUAUCAGCGAACUUCUCCAAUGUCCUACCCUUAA